AUGAGACCACCCUACACAAACACUAGACAAAGCAAAUACAGAGAAAGAAAUAACGAUUUGAUUCAUCCAAUGCUACCUAAUAAGAGUAACACAAGAUUAGAGAGACAGCCAGAAAUUAUCAAUACUAAUUAUCCACCACCGCAAAUUAGUCGAAUAUCGAAUAGUCAAACGAGACUAUAUCAGCGAGCUUGUGAAAAUAAAUCCUCACUCGUAGACGACCAAAGAGAACCAUUUAACAUUCAAUCCACCAACGCACUUUUUGCUAAUAACCAGCAUGCUGAUAUGCCAAUCGUAAACUCAUCAAUCAACAAAAACUAUCCGAUAAAUACAACUUGUGCAGAAGACCAACAGGAGGAAUACAGAUGUAACGAAAGGGUAGAAGAUGAUAUCUAUAGCUAUGGAUUUGAUCCUAAAUAUAAAAAUAAACAAAACUACAAUAUAGUACAUAUACCUGAGCAAAGUCGAGGCAUGCAUACGAGAUAUCGUGACUAUUCUUUAUCCAAUGACGAAUCAAAUACUCAACGUCCCCAAUUAACAUGGCCAACGUCGAAUUUUCAGCCUUCCCCAAAGACUUCCGCCGAUAUUCAUUCUAUUUCAUUACGGCCUGUUUCUGAAUUACCUGACAGAUUUCGAGGUUUAUUUCCUUUUGGAGUAUUCAACGCUGUCCAGUCACAAUGCAUGAAUACGGCUCUUUAUUCUGACGAGAAUAUGGUUGUCAGCGCUCCGACCGGAGCAGGAAAAACAGUGAUAUUUGAGCUGGGCAUGGUUCGUCUUCUCACAAAUCACGCAGGAAACAGUGCAAAAAUGGUAUACAUGGCCCCGACCAAAGCUUUAUGUUCAGAGCGCGCCAAAGAUUGGAAGACAAAGUUUAGACAUAUGGACGUGUCAUGUGGUGAAUUGACCGGUGAUACUAAUCAAGCACACAUAAGUGAAGUUAAGAGGAGUGAUAUUAUUGUUACUACUCCCGAAAAGUGGGAUUCGAUGACUCGUAGAUGGACCGAUCAUAAACAUCUAUUGACAUUGAUAAAAUUGUUUAUGAUAGAUGAAGUACACAUGCUUAAGGAAAGACGUGGAGCAACACUCGAAGCAGUGGUCAGUAGAAUGAAAACCUUUAACGUAGCAAUACGCAUAAUUGCUUUAUCUGCUACUGUUCCAAACGUACACGACGUUGCCAUGUGGAUUGGUGUUGGAAAUACACCAACGGUUCCACCACCAACGGAGGCUGCCGUACUGCACUUUGGCGAAGAGUACCGGCCUGUCAGACUUCUUAGACAUGUACAAAGCUACCCAAUGGGAGCGUGCAGCCCGUUUUUGUUUGAUAAAAAGUUGUUUGAAGUAAUUCAGACAUACUCGUGUAAUAAGCCAACACUCGUUUUCUGCGCUACGAGAAAAUCCACCGAGUCAGCGUGUCUGAUACUAUUACAGCAAUUGAAAGAAUUUGAAAAAAGCGGGAAAAAGCUUAGAUGGGCCAAAUCAUCAAAAAAAAAGACGACAGAAACACGAGAUAAAAAAUUACAGGGCACCACAUCCACCCUGGCUGUUGGAGUCAACUUACCGGCUCAUUUAGUAGUCAUUAAAUCUACUCUCGGAUAUACAAACCAACAAUAUGCAGAGUAUUCCGAUUUAGAAAUAAUGCAAAUGCUCGGGCGCGCGGGAAGACCACAAUUCGAUGACAGUGGCGUUGCUGUGAUACUAACAAGUAAUGAGAUGCAUCGCAAGUAUGAAGAGCUGGUUUCCGGAAGCGAAAUAUUAGAGAGCAGUUUACAUAAGAAUUUGACAGAACAUUUAAAUGCUGAAAUUUGUCUUGGAGCAAUUGAUACUGUUACAAGAGCAAUGAAUUGGUACACAUACUGCAAUUUAGUUACACAUUUUGAUUCUGUAAUCCCCAAAUCAAACCCCAAAUUUUACAAGCUUGAUGGAUCAACCACUUCUGAUUCGUCAAACUGUGAAAGACAACUCGAAGACAUAUGCAUGCAAGAUUUAAAUCUGCUGGACAGUUCGAAUCUCAUUACAAUGGACGCUGAAAAAUUAUCUCCAACCGAAUUUGGACAAGCAAUGGCCAAGUACUAUCUUAAAUACAAGACAAUGGUCGAUAUUGUCAAUAUGCAAAGCAGAACAAGUAUGAGGGAUCUAGUUGAAUUGGUUUCAAAAGCGGACGAAUUCUCAGAAAUAAGGUUUCACAUGGGUGAUAAACAGGUGCUAAACUCAUUGAAUAAGAAUCCAAAUAUCAGAUUUCCCAUCCGAGGAAAAAUUACAAAAAUUGAUCAAAAAAUUAAUAUAAUUCUGCAGUGUGUAUUAGGAAAUAUAGCCUUUACAGACUCAAAGACUGCUUUUCAAAUGAAUCUAGAAGUAUCGAUCAUAUUGCAACAUUGUCAUCGUAUUGUCAAAUGUAUUAUCGACUGCGUAUGUUAUAAGAAGGAUGCAUUCACAUUAAGAAAUGCAAUUGACUUAAGUUUAAAAAUCAAGACAUGGGAAAAUUCAUCGAUGCUUCUUCGUCAGCUUGAUGGAAUAGGUUUGACGUAUGCGAAGACUUUAUCAACCUCAGGCAUUUUAACGUUUGAUCAGCUAGAAAACUGUGAAGCUAGUAGAAUUGAAAUGGUGAGACGGAUGCUACUAAAUCGCAAUCCACCUUUCGGAACACAGAUAAUUGACCAAGUAAAGACACUUCCCAAAUUUAAAUUGUCUUUGAAUCAGUAUCAAGACAUGAGCACUCCAACUUCAAUCGAGAUAUACGUCAAUGCAUCGGUUACAAAUAAGAAGCUGAAAACCAAGAAAAAUGAAAUGCACUCAAUGGCAAUGUUCCUCGCGUACAAUUCGGACGAUAUUAUAUGUGAUAUCAGACGACUAACUCUUUGUCAAAUCCAAGAUGAAGUCAGAUUCCAAUUUAAAGUAGAGUUGAAAAAACAUAAACAGAUGAUUACAUGUGUCCUUAUGUCGGAGGAUUACCUUGGUUUGGACAUACAGCAGACCGUCAAGCCAUCUGUAGACGCAAAAUACUUUUUAGAUCAGUGUAAUGAAUCUGAAUUAAAUAUAACGAAUGAAAACGAAAAAACUGCAGAGACAGAGGCGCGAAAUUUGUUUUUUAAUAGUGGUGUCAAUUGUGACGACAAUUUUUAUGACUGGCCAUCCGACCUGGAGGAUGAAGACAUUCCGCCUCUUCCGCCACCAAUUGAACUACAUUUAGAUAACGACGAGCAGCAGGAACAAGACGAAUCAAAGUUAACUUGCAGUCGGGCUUCAUCUCCCAAUCAGCCCGUGUCUAACCAAAUGUCACCUCACCAAGAUAUGACAAUUGAUUACACUGAUUCAGAUGUGGAUGAUAUAGAGCUCUUGCCUAACGGACGUAUCAAAUGCAAUCACAUGUGCAAAGACAAGAAAAGAUGUGCUCACGAAUGUUGUAAGAUUGGAUGCAGACACAAACCAAAAAAACGCAGACACAAACCACUUAACGAUCAAUGUUCGGCAGACGAGGGUAUUCAACUGAAUAAAAAGUCACGAAGUGAUGGAUUGGAUACUGUAAUUGACAUGUACGUAGCAGACGCAGAUAAACAUGAUGGAACGCCCACAACAAAAAGUAAAGAUAUAAAAACACGGAUAAAUCGACAAUUAAAUACCACAAAUAGUCAGAACGAAACAAACACAGAAAAAGUCUUACAUUUUCGCACAGAGCUAGACCAAAUGUACGAUUCGGCAACGAACCAUGAGAUGGAUAAUAUAUGCAAGAAUGACGCUCGACUUGAAACAGAUAACAUGCAGAUAGACGUAAAAGCAAAAGGGCAGAAUAUUGACACUACUAAUACGAACGAAAGUAUAGAUAUUGAUGACGUAUAUUUAAAAGCAGAUGUAACAGAGAGUGUUGCUUUCGAUGGUUACGAGAAUUUAUUAGCGGUCGACUUGGAUAAUGACGAACUUUUUGGUUUAGACACUGACAUGAAUUCAGACUUUAGUAAGGAAAUUGAGUACAACGUAAACGAAGCCAUGGGUGAUACAUAUUGUAACGUUGUAAGCCAUUUGAAGAACAAUCAAGAAAGCAACAUAGGAAAUGGCUCGGAGAGCAAUGCCGAGCGUCUUGAAGAAAAAGGGGAAAAGUCGGACGGUCAACGCGAUGAUGGGUUCUUGCUAUGGUUGAAAACAUGUACUGUGACAGUGAGCAGUGAUGGAGACUAUGCAGGAGGGGGUUCCACGACCGAGGAAAAUAAUGCCACUCAAAUAGAGAUCCACAAUAAGAGAAAAGAUGAGAGAGAAAGAAACGAAAAUAGUGGUGAUAAGAUAGAAGCCAAAUGCAUAUCGAAAAAUCCAUUCGAUGAUGCCCUUGCUAUAUUCGAUCACGUGUUUAAAGAUAUUAUGAAAUAA